AUGAUCACGUCAGCCCAUCUGGUCAGUGGCCUCCCUCGAGGUUUACUUCGCGAGGGAUCCAUAUCAGCGUUCGUGUCCAUCUGUCUUCUGUCCUUCUCAUUAUAUGAUCAGCCCAUCGAUGUUUUGCCUUGGAGACGUAUUUCGCUGGAUCGAAAAGACGAGACAUUUAUCUCUCUGAACUGCGAACCAGAUGUUGAGUGCAUCAGUUUUACUUCAGAAGACGUCGUUCCAGCGCUUUGUGGGUUGUUGGAAGAGCCUUCGACGUAG